CUGACUGGAGUCCCAGGCUGGCCGUUUACGGCGACCUGGCCCUCGAGAACGGCCGCGCCCUGGAGAGGCUGCAGCUGGACACGGAACAGGGCAUGUACGACGCCGUGCUUCACAUCGGUGACUUUGCCUACGACAUGGACGACGACGACGGAAAGGUCGGGGACGAGUUCAUGCGUGGCGUCGAACCAGUGGCCGGUCACGUGCCCUACAUGACAGUGGCCGGCAACCACGAGAAGCACAGCAACUUCUCUGAGUACAAGAACCGAUUCACCAUGCCGGGGAGCGCGGAGAACAUGUUCUACACCUUCGACAUGGGCCCGGUGCGCUUUGUAGCGAUCUGCUCAGAGUUCUACUACUACCUCGAGUAUGGCACACAUAUGGCCAUCAAUCAGCACAGCUGGCUCGAAAACGUGCUCAAGGAGGCCAGCACACCGGCGGCGCGCGCGGCACACCCUUGGCUGGUGGUGUAUGGCCACCGGCCCAUGUACUGCUCGGACUUCCAGUCGGGCAAAGACUGCGAGAACAAAAACGACCUGCUACGCGUCGGCAUCCCCGACGAGCACAUGUGA